AUGGCAGAUGUGGAGAAGGGCAAGAAAGUGUUUGUGCAGAAAUGCUCGCAGUGUCACACCGUUGAGAGUGGCGGCAAGCACAAGACUGGGCCCAAUUUGUGGGGCCUCUUUGGUCGCAAGACGGGCCAGGCUCCAGGCUAUUCGUACACUGAUGCCAACAAGUCGAAGGGAAUCACCUGGGAGGAAGAUACACUCUAUGUCUACUUGGAGAACCCAAAGAAGUACAUCCCUGGCACGAAGAUGAUCUUCUCGGGAAUAAAGAAAAAAGACGAGCGUAACAACCUGAUUGCUUACUUGAAGAAAAGUACAUCGGAGUAA